GUGGGAUUCUUCCCCCCCGGAGUUGAAGGUGGGUGGGAAGCUCCUGGUCUCUGCUUUCAGACGUUUCUCAGCACCAAUAGAGCGGGAGGUUAACUGCUGUGACUCCGCCGGACUCCAAACGCGAAUGUCAGACAUUCCCAUCUUUCACCCGGGUUAAAGGUGCAUCUUUGAAACAAGAUCUAGAAACCACAGCCCAGCCACUAUCCUUGACUUCCUUGGGAGUUUCAAAGCGUAGACAAUAGUCCUGCAGAGAAUCUGUUUUGAACUGGGCAUUUAGCCAUCUCCUGUCUCCCCAUGGCCCUAGCAAUGCUGAAUGGGCAUCUGAUUAAAGACUCAAGCCUACCUGUGCUGCUGCACCAGGUUAGCAAGACCUGCCAACUGGAUACCUUCAACUACCAGAACUGCUUUAUGCAAGAUCUAUUUUCCCAUUUCCCUGAGAUCUUAUUUAUCCACCGUACCUAUAACCCAAGGGGCAAGGUGUUAUAUACCUUCCUGGUGGAUGGACCUCGAGUACAGCUAGAGGGUCCUCUUGCUCGGGCAGUCUACUUUGCAAUUCCUGCCAAAGAAGAUGCCGAAGGCCUAUCCCAGAUGUUCCAGGUGUUCAAGAAGUUCAACCCCGCAUGGGAGAGAGUCUGUACCAUCCUGGUGGAUCCCCACUUCCUCCCGCUGCCCACUCUGGCCAUGGAGUUCCCCACAGCUGAGGUCCUGCUCUCAGCCUUCCACAUUUGCAAAUUCCUACAGGGUAAGUUAUAUCAGCUGUCCCUUGAGCAGCCUGUGGAAAGGGUGCUUUUGACCUCCUUACAGAGCACCAUGUGCUCAGCUACAGCUGGCAACCUGAGGAAGUUCUUUACCCUCCUGAGCAGUUGCAUCCCCCCAGCCCAACUGGCUGAGCUUCACUCACACUGGCUGCUCAACGACCGCAUCUGGCUGGCCCACCGCUGGAGAAGCCGGGGUGAGAGCAGCCGCUACUUCCAGAGCCUCGAAGUCACCACCCGAAUUCUCAGUCAGUUCUUUGCCACCAACCCAUCUGAGAAACAGGGCCUGGCCUCCCUAUUCCAAUACAUGCAGCAGAACCCUGGAGACAAGGCAAGCUGCAACCUGUGCCUGAGUCCGCAGAAGAAUCAUACCGCCUCAGAUGCCAGGCCUGAAACCCCUAAAGUAGAACAGUUGGUAGAAGCUGGCAUCCAGAAUUCCCUCAAUGCCAUCUGCACAGGGCCAGCAGCCCAACUCUGUCUGGGUGAGCUUGCUGUGGUCCAGAAGUCCAUGCACCUUAUUGGCUCCGGCUCAGAAAAGAUAAACAUCCAGAUCCUGGAGGACACCCAUAAAGUGCAGCCCCAGUCUCCUACCAGUUGCAGCUGUUACUUUAACCAAGCCUUCCAUCUGCCCUGCCGCCACAUCCUAGCCAUGCUUAGUGCACGCCACCAGGUGCUCCAGCUGGACAUGCUCCCAUCUCAGUGGACAGCAGGCUGCGCCACUAGCCUCGACAGCAUCCUGGGCAGCAAGUGGAAUGAGACUCUGGAUAAGUACCUGGCAGUGACUCUCCUCACCGAGGAGGUGGGUCAGCUGUUACAGCACUGUAGCAAAGAGGAGUUCGAGCGGCGGUACAGCACCCUGCGGGAAUUAGCCGACAGCUGGAUCGGCCCUUACGAGCAAGUGCAGCUCUGAUUCCUCUUGAUGUUGAGAGAUGCACACACACACACACACUAGUAUCCUUCCUUACACACACACACACAGUUGCAUUUUCAUAGUACUUCCUUCCCAAAUAGGGCCAAGGGACUUCUACUCUACCCUAGGCUGCUACCUCACAUAUGUCUAGCUCUAUAAGAUAGAAGUCAGCUAAUUUUUUCUGGAAAGGGCCCAACAGUAAAUAUUUUAGAAUGGAUGGUCAUAUAUAUUUCUUGUAUAUCCUUGGUUUGGUUUGGACAACUUACAAGGACAAGGUAAAAAUGAUUGUUAGUUUCAAACAUCUUAUACGGUAUGAAAUAAGGCGGGAUAUGGUGGUGCACACCUGUAAUCCUAGCACUCAAGAAGCUGAGAC